GUUUGCACCCACCAGCCGAGUCACCGAGAUGUACCAGCUGGAGAAGAUCUGGGUCCUGCUGUGCCUGGCCCUCGUCGGCGUCCUUGGCUUCGGCCAGUUCCACAUGAAGCACUACCAGCUGCAGCGCAACUACAACACGCAGGAGGAAUCGGGCGAAAACGAUAACAGUGUGCUGCGAACCUUCCGCCGCUGCAUGUGGGAGCAGUCGAAGUUCCUGCCCCGCCGCCUCGUCCUGCUGAGCCUGUGCUCGAAUCUCUUCUGCGAGAACAACCACAUAGUGCCCCGCUCCAGGUCUAUUUUCGUAGUGGAAAAAAUGUCUAGGCCGAAUGACUGCCUGGACAUCCUGCCGGACCAGUGCGAGCAGGGCGACGAGGAGGAGCUGAUGUACAAGCCCUUCCCCGACUGCUGCCCCGUCUACUGCAACCUGAAGCGACGGAUGCAGCGCCUGCGCAGCAUGCACUUCCGGCACCGCCUGCUGCGCAACAAACAGGACGGCUCCACGGGGUCCACCGCCGGCUCCGUCGGAGGCGAUGGUCCCAACAACUCGCUCCUCAGCGAGUUCGUCUACAACAACUACUAGGCCUUGCAGCUAAUCAAGUUAUUCGCCGAUUCCUGGUCAGCUGGUCAACUGGUAAUCUGGUCAACUGGUCAACUGGCAAUAACAUCACAGCACUGUGCGGAAAAAUGGACCCCAAACCCGUUGGCCUGGGACUUUUUUAAUCUCAAAAUAUAGGCUAUUGUAUAGGAUAGAAUAUAAAUAAACUGGUAUUUACCAACCUGAGCGGAAUGAUGGCAACAAAA